ACCCCUCCGGCGAGGUCUCCGUGCUUGCGUGGUCAGGACAGUCAUCGUCAUACAACAGUUGUCUCCCGGCUUCCCUUUCCACUUACAGUCAAACUCCCUACAACUCUCUGCCACUCGAAGGGGAAGAAAUGGAAACAUGCAUCACAAAGUUACGCGGCAAAUUACCGCAGCAAGAAGCCCUGAGUAUCUGUCAUCAGAUCAACAUUCUUCCACUCGCCCGUUUUGGGAGCCGACGUCUACAUCUUCCAUGCAUCGUUUUCUCUGUCAGAAGACUCGGUAUCCACGAGCUACGGAGAGGCGAUGAGAAGCUAUAUCAUGCCAGAGUAUCGGCGCUGGGGAGAGUAGAGUUCACAACGGCAGAUGAUCUGCCGGUGAAUGAGCCCCACAAGUUUGUCUUCGUGCAUCCGUGGAUUCGUCAUAUCCGGGGUCCCAGCAGUGGAAUUACCAUUACCUGGGGAGGUGGCUCGGAGUCUGAUACUGACCUUGAAGCAGAUUUGGAUGACGACGCUGAAUGGGAUGAAGUUCUGCCAUUGCACGCUGUUCCCGUGCCUCAGGUUGACGACUAUACCCGGGCACUACAGAUGGUUGCUCGCCUCGGACAGCCGUUCAAUGCCUUGCUUCUCGUACAGCAAGUGAAUGGAGAGUACAGGAGGGUCGCUGCUGAGCACGAGAUUGUCGUCUCGGGACUCAGAACCAACGUCACUUCGAAGAACAUCCUGGCGACAGUCUUGGAAAUCCUUUAACGUGUGCAGCUUAGCUGCUGGAUUUUACAGCUGGACCAUCUCUAGUCCCUUGUUGGUCAUUUUUCUUUUCGUGUUAUUUUUGUUGUUUUGCUUGUUACAAUGGGAUGGAGACGGAGACUCCAGAGUGCUCGGGCCCAAUUGGAGGUCUGUUCAUACCCAUGUGCCAUAGACAACGACAGUCUCUACAGCUUUUCCUUCCAUUAACACUUGUAGCUAUACUUCUGCUAUACGUACAUCGUGGAGAAGUAGCCCUAACAGCCCAGACUUCGCAACUUUUGCUACUUAUUUACUUGCAAGAUUUCGGACUCGUUAUGUGAGUCUUUGGCAAUAUCAUCAUGAUGAAAUCGAUGGAAUAACUUUCACGGAAGGUUUAGGACUGCUCUCCAGGCAACUCUUCUGUCCCGAAGAAGGCUACCUACAGAGUAUUAGGUGUGUUUGCAGUCCCACAACAGCCACUAUUAGACCCGUG